AUGUACGGCUGCACACCCGGAGGUCCUGGGUUCGAGUCCCGGGUCGGGCCAAGUUUAGUUACUGAGUCUUUCUGUUGGGAAGUUGGCGGUGUUUCACCCCCGUGCCUCGGAGAGCGCGUUAAGCCGUCGGUCCUGCGCCUUAACUCUCACUGGUCGUGUCGAGCAGUCGUCCCACCAGAGUAUGAGAGUGACAGGAAUAGAGAGUGUACUUGUGUCUGCACGCACACAUCUUGUGCACUA